AUGUCGAAUGGUACAGCCAGUAUGUCUGGCGGCCAUCUAGGCCCCUCCGGCCUGCAUCCAGCCCCGUCGAAUGGGCUCCACCUCCUCGGCUCGUUGGGCGUACCAUUGGGCAGUGUUCUCGGUCCCGGGGCCAGUUAUGCCCCAGGCCUCGGCUACUGCGGUUCAUUCCUCAACUCUCCUCCGGCCGGGCCCUAUUCCCUCGGGCUAAGCCCCGGCUACUCGACAACCGCACCGUCCAUAGGCGCCGGGGUUCAGCCUCUACCGAGCCAGGCGGCCAUCGCCUCGGUGGAUAGCACAAUCCUGCCGUGUUCUCUGGCCUCGGCUUCCUGCCUCGUACGUCAGGCCAGCAUGUCUCCGCUCCAGGGCGGACCCGUGUCUACGGCCCAGGAGAGUGGAGAGCUCGGCGCCACAGGUCGUCUGAACAACCGCAUGUCGUCAGCCUUGGCUGGUACCAGCGGCACUCUGCCCAGCCGAUUCUACCCUUCACAGACCGGCGGCCUCGUUUCGUCCGCCCAUCUACCGACCGUCGGCAAUGGAGACGUCACUUCGAGUCUUUUCAUGCUGCGAGAUCGUGUCACUUUUGUUCCAGGCAUCGGUGCUGGUCUGACGCCUGUCUACGCCUGUUUCCAUGACGACGCAAGCCUGUCACAGACGACAGCAUCAUCGCCCAAUGGUUUGGCCGGUCUGCCUCAAACAGUGUGUCCGUCGUCCGGGGUCCGUGUCGACGGAGGCACUGGUGUGGGAGGCGAUUCUGAACCGUUAUGUGGAGCCGGUGGUAGUGCCGGCGGUCUGAGAAAUGCGGACUGCUGUAGUUUGGACACAGAGACGAGCAGCAGUCGCCAGUCU